UUCAAAUGUGUUAUGUGUAUGAUAUUUUCAUGGUGUGAUCUGUUAUCGCAGUGUAACCAACAUCACAGAAUAAUCCUUAUAUGAAUAUUUUUAACGGUUUUUUUCAUUACUGAAGUUUGGUCGUUGGGCACUCGGGCAUAGAAGAUAGAAAACAAUUCAAUUGUCAUUACUUAUUUGUCAGUUGUCACUUGUCAGUACUCAUAAAUUCUUCAUUCUUCCUUGUCUGUCUUAACUCAUGAGUUGACACUCGACUGGAUUUAUUAAUUAAAUUCUUUACAUCAAAUAUCAAUGCAUAGCAAAGAAACCAUUAUAUCAUGCUAAGUGCUUAAUAUGAUUUAUGAAUUAUUUAAUUAAUAUUUAUAGCAUUUUAAAUUGAACAUUUUCUAAUAUCUAAAUUUGUCUUGUGCUAUUUUACGGUAAUUUUUAGUUAUAACAUCUAAAUCUGAUUAAUAUUUACCAUUGAUAAAAGAAACCCACCAAUCUUACAAAGUAGAUCAAAAUGAAAAAAUCCGCUAAAAUACGAUUAAACACCAGGCAAAAAUUUAAUGAAAAAGUAGGAAAUAAAUUAAUCAAUGAAAACUCAAGUAGAACCAAGACAUCGUUAAGAAAUAUAUCAGACAAAGAAAAUUAUAAUUUUUCUGAUUCUAGUUUAGAAUUAUUCGAUACAUUUAAACCCAGAUCAAAAACAAAAAUUAAUUCUAAACAAAAAUUAAAUUAUAAUAUUAAUGUUGAUAACUAUGAUUUUCCAAAAGAAUCAGCAAUAGAAACAAAAAAAAGUAUAAAUGUUGAUAUAUCAAUUUAUAGUAUCAGUUCUGAUUCAAAUGAUAGUUUCAAAUCAUUUACAAGUUUACAUUCUAAUAAGUCUUUUGAAAAUAUUAAUUCAAAAGAUCAUUCUUCUGGUACCGAAGACAGUUUUACUAAAACUAAAUGCAAGGAUGAUUCAAAAAAUAAUUUUGCUACACCAGUAAAAAAGCAUAUAAUUCAAAACAAUCAUCUCUCAGAAUCUGCUAAGCUAUUGGACCGCAUCUAUGGUAAAGAAUGGCGAUGUGUUGAUGGAGUACUCCGAAAUUCAAAAACAAAGUAUUUAAAUGAUGAACUCAAUAGGGAUUAUAAUGAGUGUGAUAAUGAAAAUAUUUCAAACAAAAAUGACAACAAAAUUAAACACUCAUCACCUUGUGAAUUUUCAAAAAAACAUCAAGAAUACAGUAUUCAAAAUAAAGUGGAUGACACUUCAUUAAUUUUAGAAAAGUUCAGUUUAUCCAGUGAUCAAAAUUAUUUAACUGAUCAGUUAGAUAUUAUUCAUCCUUCUGGAAGUCAAAUAAAUUAUACGACUUCAAAACUUGGAACAAAUGAAAACCAACUGAAUAAUUUAAAAAUCAAUAAAGAAAAAAUAUUCAAGGAAGAUACUGAUAUAAAAAAAAAUGACACUCACAAAAAUCUACAAUCUGAAAUACCAAUUCAAUCUAAUUCAGAAGCAACGCUAUCAUUUUUGAGUUCUCUAUCAUGUUUUACUGGAUCUAUGAAAUGUGAUCCCGAAGCUCAAAAGUACAAACUAAAGUUUAAAAAAAACAAAGAUAAUUUAGUGUCAAUAUUAUUUAAAUUAUUCAACAAAGAAGUAUUUGACAAUAAGCUUCCUGCCGAUAUGAAUUUCAAAUGGAAUGCAAGAUUAAGGUCAACCGCUGGUGCAUGUUUCAAUAAACGUUCGGUCAAAAUAAACAAAAAUCUAGAAUGUGAAAGAGUAUCUCGCAUUGAACUUUCCUCUAAAAUUAUUGAUACAGCUGAAAGAUUAAGAGAUACAUUAAUUCAUGAACUUUGCCAUGCGGCUUGUUGGAUAUUUAAUGGUAUUUCAGAAGGACAUGGCCCACCAUGGAAAAGCUGGGCAAAUAAAGCUAUGCAAAAGUUUCCAGAACUCCCAAUCAUAAAAAGAUGCCAUAGUUAUGACAUACAAACUAAAUUUACUUACAAAUGUGUAAAAUGUGGUUAUAGUUUUGGACGUCAUUCAAAAUCAUUAAACUUGGAAAAAAAAAGAUGUGGACAUUGUUAUGGAGAAUUUGAAUUAAUCAAAAACAAGAUUAAUAAUAACCCAAUCCCUAAUAACAAUUUUCCAGUUGUUCAUGAGGACCCAUUGAAAGAAUUAUAUAGUUUAAAUGAUGUACAACAAAAACCUAAACUCCCCAAAAAACUAUCAAAAUUUGCUAUAUUUGUGAAAGAAAAUUAUAGCAGAGUUAAAAGAGAAAAUCCUCUAUCAAAACAUGGUGAAAUAAUGAAAUUACUUGGAACCCAAUUCGCAACAACUAAAGUAUUGACUCCUGACGAAGUAUUUGAUAAAUUAUUUGAUAGUUAACAAUACUAUUAAAAAUGUAAUUUGAUCAGGAAGAAUUUUUCGACGAAGACUAUAAAAUAUAUUUUUACAUUAAUAUAAAUUUAAGUUGAAUUUUAGUGAUAUAUAUAUGCAUACUACAUAGGAAAUAUGCAUAUAACAAAAUAUUAUUAAUUAAUUUGUUGAACCGAAUACAUAUAAUUAAAAAGUAGUUUACUAAUGUGAACGAACAUUGGUAUUUUAAUAGUAAUUAAAAAUUAUUAUAUUUUAUUUAAACUGAUAAGUGAUAACUAAUAUAAGAAAUUGAAAUGUGUAUAAACAAAAUAUGGCUUGGUUUCUACAAUAAAAUAGUUGUGAAAAUGAACAAAA